AUGGCACAUAACCCAGAGCCUCUAUCAGAGACCUCUGUCAUCAAGUUCAAUGGUCAGGACUUCAACUCCUUGCGGGAUCGCUGCCUGCGCAGACGCCUGCUAUUUGAGGAUGAGACAUUCCCAGCUGAGCCUUCUUCCAUAGGCCAGAAGCUGCUCCAGGGAAAAAACCUUUCCUUCCUGGAGUGGAAGCGGCCAUGGGAAUUAUGCAAGUGUACCCCUCACUUCAUCCUGGAAGGUGCAAGCAGAUUUGACAUCCAACAAGGAAUAGCAGGAGACUGCUGGUUCCUGGCAGCACUGGGCUCCUUGACCCAGAACCCUCAGUGCCUGCAGAAGAUCCUGAUGGAGCAAAGCUUUUCAUACCAGUAUGCAGGGAUUUUCCGUUUCCGGUUCUGGCAGUACGGCCAGUGGGUGGAAGUGGUAGUUGAUGACCGCCUGCCUGCUGUGGACAGAGCCUGCGUCUUUGUGCAUCCUCGCAAAGGCAACCAAGAAUUCUGGCCCUGCCUGCUGGAGAAAGCUUAUGCCAAGCUGCGUGGAUCCUACUCCCACCUGCACUAUGGCUACCUCCCAAACGCCCUGGUGGACCUCACGGGAGGGGUGGUCACCACCGUCAACCUGCACUCCUCGCCUUCUGACCUGUUGAUGGUGGUGAAGAUGGCAGCCAAGGCUGGCUCCCUGAUGACUUGUGCCACUCCAAGUGGGCCAACAGCUGGGGCCCAGGUGAUGAGGAACGGGCUGGUGAGUCAGCACGCUUACACCGUGACCGGGGCUGAGCAGAUUCAGUGCAGGAGAGGCUGGGAAGAAAUCAUCCGCCUGUGGAACCCUUGGGGCAACACGGAAUGGAGAGGGCGCUGGGGAGACGGGUCGUGGGAAUGGCAGGAGACUCGUGACCAGCGGAAAAGCCAGCUGUAUGAGAACAAGGAAGAUGGCGAGUUUUGGAUGUCAUGUCAAGAUUUCCAAGAGAACUUCUCCUCCCUGUUCAUCUGUAACCAAUUCCCAAUCACUCUGGACCCUGGGCUCACACCCCACGAAAGAUGGCACCUGACAAUGUUUAAGAACCAAGUGCUUCCAGGAAAUACCACAGGAGCCCUCAAGAGGGAGGCUCAGUACUUCUUCAAAGUGCCAGAGCUCAUGGGAGGCCACAAUGUUGUUGUGUCCUUCACUGUCAAGCCACAAAGCUUCGAGGCAGAAGAUGAGGAUUUUCCAAUACGCUUCCAGGUGUUCAAGGUCGACUCCCAGUUCCAGGAGUUCCAGGAGACAUUGCCGCCCACAUUUUUCUCCUCAUUCAGACACGAUGUCCAAGGCAUGGAUUACGACAUCAAAUUCCACCCCACAAAGUCCUUCCAUCUGAUCCCUGGGACCUACGUUGUGGUUCCCUCAGCACACAGAGAUACUGAGUUCUUGCUCCAAAUCUUCCUGAAAAUGCCAGACAAUGACAGGAACUCGAGCAAUGAUUUCCACCUCAGAGAACUGAAGGGAACUCUUCCAGAAAAUGGGUCCCAACAAAGCAUUUUCUACAAAUAUGCUCAGGAGGGACCGGACAUAGAUGCCACCCAGCUUCAGAACCUUCUCAACCAGGAGCUUCUGACAGGUAUGGUCAGGGAUACUUUCUCCCUGGACCAGUGUCGCGGCAUUGUGGCUCUGAUGGAUUUGAAAGUGAAUGGACGACUUGACCAAGAGGAGUUUGGGAGGCUGUGGAGGCGCCUCGUCCACUGCCAGCAUGUUUUCCAGAACAUUCAGCUGAGCUCUGGAGUCCUCCUGAGCUCAAACUUGGGGAAGGCCAUAGAGAAUACAGUCUUCCUUACAGGGAUCUCCAUCAGCAGUGAGCUGCUGGACCUCAUGACCCUUCGGUACAGUGACAGCAUGGGCCGGGUCACCUUUCCCAGCUUGGUCUGCUUCCUGAUGAGGCUGGAAGCCAUGGCAAAAACAUUCCACAACCUCUCCAAGGAUGGAAAAGGACUCUACCUGACAGAAAUGGAGUGGAUGAACCUGGUCAUGUACAACUGAAGCAAGGAGUAUAGAAAACCCUGUGGACCAGGACAAGCUCCCGGUGCUCACUCAAGAACCUGGCUCAUUCCAAGAGGCUAUGCUGCCCCCAUGAUUGCAAUACAUCUAAACCUGCCCCAUGUGGAAUGGAGUCAAAGCCACCUUCCAGGAGCAUGGACUGGGUUGUUGGUCAAAUCAGACCCUGGUACCCAAGGUCACUUGGAAGUUCAUUCCA